AUGAUCAACGGCCAGCAGGGCGACGACUUUAUCAACCGAAUGGUGGUAAGGUUUUUGGCCCCAUUUUCACGGCCACCAACUCCUGUAGGUCGCCUAGGGCUCCACCCAGUCGAUGUCUUUCGCUGGAGCAUGCUCUUCGGUGAGUACCAGAGGUUCAGAGUGCCGGAGUUCGACUCCGACGACACCAUCCGGUCGGCAGUGGAGCUCUACCAAGCUGGGAUCCGGUUCAAAACGAGCAAUUCGAGCAGUCUACAUAACAUCCGUUUCAGGCGCGGCGUCCUCAGCAUGCCCAAGUUGCCAGUGGACGACUCCACCGAGUACACUCUCUUCAACAUGGUGGCGUUCGAGCGGCUGCACGUCGGCACCGGAUCCGCCACCGGGAGCGCCAUCAUGGCCUACGUCUUCUUCGUGGACGUGGUGCUCGAUCCGGACGGCGCGCUCAGCGCCCUGCUGCGGGAGCUCAACGGCUACUCCAGUCUGCCGUGGGAAAUGUGGUUCACUAACCUCAAAAGGACCUACUUCGGGAGCCCGUGGGCGUUUAUGUCCCUCUUAGCCGCCGCCUUCCUCCUCCUCAUGACCGUCCUGCAGACCGUCUACACCAUGCGGCAGUUCUAUCGGGACGGCUAA